AUGUCAAAUAAUACUACAAUUACAGAUUAUAGUAAUUUGGUUGGUAGUUUUCGUGCAUAUAUAUGUCCAAUAAUUGCAAUUAUCGGUGUUAUAGGAAAUAGUUUUAUUAUAAUCAUUUUUUUAAAAGAAAAACAAUUAUCAAGAUUUUCAAUUUAUUCAAUCUUUUUAGCUAUUGCUAAUAUUAUUACAUUAAUUAUGAAUACAUUUAUUGAUGAUUUUCUUGGACGUGGUUUAUAUUAUGCAACAAAUCAUCAAUUCUAUUUUAAAUUAGAUACAAUUUCAACAUUUUGGUGUAAAAGUGUUGAAUAUAUAUCGAAUACAAUGUACUUUACAUCAUCUUAUUUAAUUGUGAUUUUUUCAAUUGAUCGUCUAUUAACUAUUCAUAAACCAAUUAAAUUCUAUUCUAUAUAUCAUAAACAUUGGGCUAUGAUUGCAUGCAUUCUUGUAUAUUUAAUGGGAAUACUUAGUAAUUCACCAUUGUUAUUUGUACAAACUUUAAUGGUUGAUAAAUCGAGUCGAACAAAUUUUACUUGUAGAAUGAUUUCUGAACAUCCAGUAGCAAAAUUCACUAUAACAUUUGAAACAAUCGUCACAUUCACAAUACCAUUUUGUCUUGUAUUAUUUUUAAAUAUUUUCAUUUGUAUUGAAUUAUGGAAAUUGAAAGUUAAUCGAACAGCUUUAUUACCAGCUGACUCUUCACGGAAUUGUAUGGAAAUGGGACGAGUUUCUGGACAUUUAGCUUUGAGUACUGCAUUCUUAUUAUUGUAUUUACCGAUGGUAUGUUUUGUAUUAAUACGACUGAGUCUAACUUUAUCACAUGUGGAUAGGCAUAAACCGUACGCAAUGUGUAUUAUUGAUUUGUCCAGACUUUUCUCAUCUGUUAAAGAUAUUACUUAUGCAGUGAAUUUCUUCCUGUAUUUAAUAUUUUUGCGAAAUUUUAGACAUGGAUUUCGACGUUCAAUCUGUACAUUAUCUUGUAAAAAGAUGUCACCAAGACCAUUGGAUAGACCAGAGAACUGA